AUGGCGCUUAUCGAUUCGCUGAAAAACAAUGAAAAAAUCGUGGUAUUGGUUACUGGCUCUUCGGGGUACAUAGCUUUGCAUUGUGUUCAACAGCUUCUCGCAGAAGGUUACGCGGUCAGAGGUACAGUAAGAAGUCUGUGCAAUCCUGCAAAAGUGAAUCCGCUACGUGACCUGAAAUACAGUGCAGAAAGACUGGAACUAGUGGAAGCUGAUCUUCAGUGCCCUGAACAUUGGUUUAAAGCCGUUGAAGGUUGCACGUAUAUUUUGCACAUUGCAUCACCCUGGCCAGUGGUAGCCGAUGAAACUAUUAUCCAAACAGCCAAGAAUGGCACUCUGAAUGUACUCAAAGCUGCCGCCCAAUGUCCUACUGUACAGAAAGUUGUACUGACUAGUAGUUGUACAGCAAUCACAGAUGGCCACAAAAACGAUGCAAGAGUCUUCGAUGAACUUUGCUGGGCAAAUGUGAAUAGUGAGCGAGUAGAAAAUUAUGGCCGUUCUAAAAUAAUCGCCGAAAAAUCCGCUUGGGAAUUCUGGAACGCUCUCCCAAAAAGUUCAAGAUUUCAAUUGACUGUUCUGAAUCCAACACUUGUCGUUGGUCCAGUACUUUCCGAUCAAAAGCAUGGAAGUGCCUUAAUUAUUCGGCGAAUGAUGCACUAUUUCAACUUUCCAGCAGCACCAAAAGUUUCAGUUGGUAUGGUUGAUGUACGCGACGUUGCACGUGCACAUAUACGAGCUAUGCGUUAUAGUGAUUCUGACGGUGAGCGAAUUCUGAUCACGGAAACACCUUCUGUUUGGUUUUCACAGAUAACCAAAUGGCUUCGUCAAGAAUUCAAGAACCAAGGUUUUUUAAUUUCUCCAUUUACGGCUCCUAAUUGGCUGGCAAAAAUGUAUGCAAAAGCAACAUCUGAUCCACAUUUUAACGCAAUCAAGUAUCGUUUAGGACCUGAGUUACGUUUUGAUAAUUCAAAGUCCAAAAAACUCCUCAAAAUGGAAUACACACCAAUAAAGAAGUCAGUGGUUGAAAUGGCGUACAGCAUGCUCGAUAAGGGAAUGAUUAAGACGAAAAAAAGGACGAAAAAAAGUAAAAAUGACAUUUCACAAAGUAUUAAAACAGAUCAGAUGCCCGCGAAGUAG